CUGUGCUUCUCGUCUGUGUAGAUGCAGUGGCAUCAGAGCUGUAGUGAUGACAGUGAAGCAAAGCCCAAACUAAGGAGGAACAACAUUUAGGCCAUUACAACGAGUCACUGAUCUAUCCUGAAGAACUGAAAUGGCUUCCUCACAGAUCCGCCUGAGAAUUCUCCCCAGUGUUCGCUGUCUCUUUGAUAAACUGGUGCAAUUAAAAGUAGAGGGACUUGCUCCUCACAAACCGGUGGAAUUAAGGUCCAAACUAGUUGAUGACAGUGGGGUAACAUUCAAAGCCUCCGCCCUCUACAAAGCAGAUGAAACUGGCAAGGUGGAUGUGUGUCGUGCAUCCUCUCUGGGAGGAAGUUACACUGGAGUGGAGCCCAUGGGUUUGUUUUGGGCCAUGGCACCAGAGACUCCGCACACUAAAAUUAUGAAGAAGAAUGUGCUCAGCCCAACACUAGUGGAGAUAGAAGCACUAAGUGGGGAGACUGGUGAGGUCUUGGCCUCCGAAACCAAUGAAAGAGGAUACAUGACAGAGGGGAUGAAGAGAAUACCUGUCCAAGAGGGCAGAAUCCGAGGAGUCCUCUUCAUACCACCAGGAAAGGGUCCUUUCCCUGGAAUUGUUGAUAUGUACACUUUUGGUGGAAGACUAACAGAGCCCAGAGCCAGCCUCUUGGCAAAUAAAGGUUAUGUUGUUCUGGCGCUGGCCUAUUUGGCCUACCAGGAUUUACCAAAAAAACCCGAAAACCUGGAUUUGGAAUACUUUGAAGAGGCUGUAACAUAUCUGAGGAGACAGCCUGAGGUCAAAGGUUCGGGGAUUGGCAUUUUAUCAACAUCUCAUAGUGUCGCUAUGGCUUUGGCAAUGUCCUCUUUCUUCCCUGGGAUCACUGCAACUGUCUGCAUUAAUGGCUGCAAUGCAAAUACUGUGAUUCCAUUACACUACAAAGACAUUGUUUUCCCUCCUCUCUCGCCCGUCGUAGAGAAUGUUAGGUUCACAGAUUCCGGGAUUUUAGAAAUACGCGACGCCUUACCGGACCCUACCUUGGAGGAGAACCGGGCAUCUUUGAUUCCAUUAGAGAAUGCCAGCUGCCAGUUCCUGUUUGCUGUUUCUGAAGAUGACCAAAACUGGAACAGUGCUUUUUUUGCCAAGCAGGCCACAGCAAUGCUGAAGAGUCACGGCAAGGAGUCGUUUGAACUGGUUUCUUAUCCUAAAGCCGGACACUUAUUGGAAGUCCCUCACAUGCCUUAUUGUCCAUCUGGUGUUCAUGCAGCAAUAGGGAUGGCUGUGGCAUUUGGUGGGGAGCCAAAAGCCCACUCUGAGGCCCAGCUGGACCUGUGGGAACGAGUCCAGGAGUUCUUCAAGAGGCACUUGGACAACAAGGGCACUUAUUAGCAAGCAAUGCUGCAUCAAGUGUUUGAAGCAGCCCAGAAUGGUCAUCCUGAGCAAUGUUUUGCCUCUUUUAUGUUAAAGUAUUCAAAGAUAGUUCUUGUAUUUAAAGGUCCAGUGUGUAAGAUCUAGAGAGACCUAUUGACAGAAGUGGAGUGCCAUUCAUAGAAAUGUUUUCAUUAGUGUAUAAUCACCUGAAAAGGAGUGGGUCCUCUUCCAGGGAGACCACCAUGUUUUCAGCACUACAUCACUGCGUUUUUAUAGAAUCGUGCCUUAACACCCUGCAUGGCCACGCUGUUAGUGGUAGGGGGCUUCACACCUACUGCCCAAAGGUUGACGCCCGGAAACGUCCUGGACACAACAAAAUAAGAAAGUACAGGCAGAGCCUCUGCAGAUACCGACACCACCACACACCUCUAGAGAGUCAUAAGUGAGGAUUGAGAGGGAUGACUUGUGUAUGAGUUUAUGCACUCAUUCUGCCUUUAAGCUCUAUAUUUAUAACACUCCUCAGUCAAAUGCAGUAUUUCUACUCUUAAUUACUGGUAUUGGUGAUAACACUUUGAAGAUUUUUGCUAGUUGGGUGAUUGAGCACUAUACUUUAUCAACCUUUGA